CCGCGAUGCGUUACCAUGGGUAGCAAUUGCUGCAAGGCGGACUCCGGUCGAGUCGUCCGGGGCUCGUCGAUAUACACCAGGUAUCUGGUACUAAUACUACAAGAGUUGUUCGGGGUGGUUUGGGUGCUCAGAAUAUCGAGCAGAGCGGGAGCGUCCCUAGAUUCACGCUUCACCGUAUCUGAGGGCGCGGGGGGCGUGCGGCUGACCGUCACCGCGGCGAGGGAGCAGGAUGGCGGUAUUUACACACUACAGGCCAGCAACGCAGCAGGCAGGGACACAGCUCGCGUGCGUCUCGAGGUGUCCACCGAGACGAGCGGCGACGACCCGCCCACGUUCGUGCGGCGACUCCAGGACCUCACAGUGAAAGUUGGCACCAGGACGCGCUUCCUUGUUGAGAUACUCAGCUCCACUGACUGCAAAGUAACAUGGUACCGUAACGAACGCCGCCUACUCGAAGCGGAGCGGGUGUCUCUCGUCCGUGACGGAAACUUCUGGUGCUGCGACGUCGCUUGCGUCAGUGUGGACGAUGCUGGACGCUGGACGUGCGCGGCAGAGAACAGAGGCGGGCGGGCGAGCUGCGCGGCGCAUCUCAAUGUCCUGGUGCCCAAAGCCUACAAGCGACCGGAGUUCGUGGAGGAGCUACGGGCAAUCCUGACUGAACAGGGGACUGUGUCCUUAGAGUGUAAGGUGGUCGGCGUGCCUACACCGGUGCUGAGGUGGUUUAAGGUAACUACAUCAACUAUAUACAAGCGACCGGAGUUCGUAGAGGAUCUACGGGCAAUCCUGACUGAACAGGGGACUGUGUCCUUAGAGUGUAAGGUGGUCGGCGUGCCUACACCGGUGCUGAGGUGGUUUAAGGAUAGCCGAGAAAUCAAAGCGGGCGACGUGUUUGCUCUAACAGCCAGCGCAGAAGACCCCACUUCCCUCGGCACAUACACAUGUGAAGCCGUCAACUGCAUGGGCAGAGCCUAUUCUUCAUCCAAAGUCCACGUCACGAGAGGCCGCGAUGAAUCGAGACCGAGUUCUGCCGUCACCCCCGAGCCGCCUCCUAUCUUCACCAAAGAGCUUGAAGACCAGUUCGUCAAGAUCUGCGACCAUCUCACUCUAAGUUGUCACAUAGUCGUUCCACCUUGGCCGAGGAGCGUCGUCUGGUAUAACAAGGAGGGCAAAGUUGAGCCUGGAGAGAGGUAUCAUGUAACAGAAGAUGGUGUAGGCGGCUACCUGCUAGAAGUUCAGUCAGCGGAGUGGCCUGACGAGGGCGAGUGGAAGUGCGUGGCCACCUCGGCAGGGGGCAGGGUCGGCAUAUCCACCUGCCAUGUCGUCAUGGAUGUCCCGAAGAACUACCGGAAGCCACGUUUCAUGGAGAACCUUCAGGCAGUGCUCACGGAUGAGGGUCUGGUCUCCUUCGAGUGCAAGGUGGUCGGCUUCCCAACCCCAGUACUGAGCUGGUUCAAGGAUGGUCAGGAGUUGAAGCCAGGAGAUGUUUACCAACUGACAGGCACCAACUCCCUAGGCUCCUACUGCUGCAUAGCUCGCAACUGCAUGGGCCAGGCCAGCAGCUCGGCCGAGCUGACAGUGGAAGAUAUCCAGAACCAGCUCAACGAGGAGGAGAGGCUCCAGCUGUUCACGAAACACCAGGCGCCCAAGUUUAUCCAGGGCUUGCAGAGUGCUGAAGCGCGGAUUGAUGAGCCAUUCCAUUUUACUAUUAAAGUUGCCAUUCCACCCGAGCCGACGGUCCUGUGGUACCGAGACGAUCAGCCUGUUGACGAGUCUCCUCGCUGCCACCUCGCCAAGGAAGACCGAGGCAUCUUCACCCUCGACAUCAAGAACUUGGAGUUCCUCGACCAGGCCGAGUGGAAGUGCGUCGCCAUGAACGAAUUCGGCCACAGUGUCACCUCCUGCUUCCUCAAACUGAUCAUCCCUAGGCACUUUAAGAAACCAAGAUUCUUGGAGAACCUUCAGGCUAUCCUCUCUGAGGAAGGCGCUGUGAACUUAGAAUGCAAGGUCAUUGGUGUACCACAACCUGUUCUCAAGUGGUAUAAGGACGGCGAAGAGCUCAAACCUGGGGAUAUACACAGAAUCAUAUCCGGACAGGAUGGUACUUGUUGUUUAGGCACAUACACUUGUGAAGCGCAGAAUUGUAUGGGAAUCGCCGCCAGCUCCGCCUCGCUUCUCGGCUUCGACGACUCCAUGAAGACCAAGAAGAAAAUAGCAGACGAACAAGCAUUGCAAAGAAAUUUGUCGCUUAGUACGAUACACGAAGAACGAACCUCGCAGAUGUACGAUACCCCGGUGGGAGAUAUAACUCUUGACGAUAAAGGAGAGAUUUCAUUUUCAUUUGAUGGAAAAGAAGUCUCCGUAUCGUUGUACGAGACUCCGGAUUUAACUGAAGAAGAAGCACUUCAAAUAGUCGAGAUGUAUGCUGAUCAGCUGUCCGAGAAUGUUACUGAACAUAACGUUGUCGAGCUGCCACCGCUUAGGUUUGUUAAAGAAACAUCAACUUCAGGCAAUCUGCUCAUGGAAGCUAUCAUAAUUGAUGUGUCUCCAGAAUACUUUGCAUCGCCUGAAGAAGACUUAAGAACGGAGGCUGAUGUAGAAGAUAUUUCAAUAGCAGAUGAAAAUGGCGCACCUCAACUAUCAUUAGACACAGAUUUAGGCGAAGACUAUUUAGAAAAAACUAUGGCUCUAUUAUCGGAUGAAAAGUCUGAUAUGCCUAAAAAGGUGGCUAGAAAGAAGUCAGAUUCUCUAAGAAGUGGAGAAGAUUUCUUUAGUUUAUCUCGAGAACAAUCAAUCUCUGAAGAUAGAAGAGAUGACGAUACGCAAGUUAUGUCUGAAAGUGAUUUGGCUAGUUUUGCUAGCGCACGAAGUUACGGAAAACAUAAAUCAAAAUCUUCUCGACGAUCAGUUGAUGAUGGCAGAGAAUCAUCAGAAACGAAAACAAUUCUACAUAAAGUUGAUGUAGAAGAGGUUAUGGAAGUUAAAUCUGAUAUUAAAGAAAUCAAGGCUGAGGUACAAGAAACUGAACAGAAGAGAUCUGAAACGGAAACCCCUGUAAUGAAGCCAAAGCGAGAACGGCGAAGUAGUAGGGGUUCUCGACGCUCUAGCUCAGGUAGCGAGAAAUCUUAUAGUAAAGCUAGAGAAGAGUUGUUACAAGUAAGGGCAGAGAUAGAGCCCAAACCUAAAAUGACAGAUGAAGAAUUUAAGAGCAAAGUAACUGAAGUUAGUUCGACAGUAUCUAAAGCUAUUAAUGAUGUGCAAAUCAUUGAACGAGAUAUAAUAUUGAAAUCAGAGUUAAUGUCAUCUGCUGCCACAGCUUCGAGAAGUUUAGAGAUCAUAAGCAGUCUGAUCACUCCUCUAUCUGAAAUACACAGUAUAGCAGAGGCUGCCAAGGAAUCUCUACAAGCUAAAGAAGUUACUAAUAUAUUCAACAACCUUCCUCAAUCGAUGAAAGCUUUACAACAAUCCCUAACCAUAGUUGAAAAAUGUAUCGAUAUGGAAGGCGAAAACAAGACUCUUGUAAAAAAAACCUGUGUGGCAUUUAUAGAGACGUGUGGUAACGAAAUUCAAAAAGUUAUGUCGGAUAUUAACUCCGUCGCCUUGACAGACUAUCUACAGGCAGACGAAAGCGUUAUAAGAGAAAUCCAAACUUUAACGAAGGAAAUGAUUAACGUUAUAAAGUAUUCAUCAGAUACUAUUAAAACAAGAAACCUUUUGAGUGAAGCAAGUGAAAUAAAGACAGAAGAGACAUCAGUAGAUGCAAAGCACCUUAAGGACACUCAAAAAGCUGUGUUUGAGUUAAGAAGUCCUGUUAACUCCUUACUUUGCAUAGCUGAGAGUGCAGAAAGUGGAAAAAUGAUAGAUGUUACGAAAAUCAAAAACAGUGAAGUAAUACUCAAUGACAUGUCUGCCUCGAUACAAGACUUACAAGUAGCUUUAGAGCAGAUAGAGUCACUAUCAGUUAAAGAAUCGACGACCUCAUUAAACAAGUACAAUACGGAAAUAAUAGAAACAGUUAUGGAUUCCGUUCUAAAACUGAGGAUGUCAUUUGAACAGUUGUCGACGGAAACAAGAAGUGAAGACGAUAAGUUAGUUUUGAAACAGGCUUUAACUUCAAUAAAGCAGAAUUUAAGUGAGAUUUCAACACACAUUGAUAAAAUAGAGAGUAAUGUUGGAAGAUUCGAUAUCCUCCAAAGCGACAAUAAACUGGAAGUCUUACAAAAAAUGGCUCAAAUACUUAUAGCGUUAGAAAAUAACUUACCUCGUCUUGAAUCUUUACCCGAUAUUAAGCUACAUUUGGACUUAUUCCAUAAAAACCUUACGAAAGUUUUGGAAAAUGUAAUUGAGAGUAAUGAAGCUAAGAAAUAUUUCUCUUUGACAGAAAUAUGUGAUGUUGUUAACAGAGUGAACGCAGCUAUCAAAACUAUAGAUUCGGAUAGCAUAUUGUCUUUGGCGAGUCUCAAUAAUACGAUGAGGAUAGUCCAAGAUCACUUUAUUAAUAAUAUAUUUGAUUCUGAGCUGAAUUGUGCUAUAUUGAGCAACAUCAAUGAUGUAUUGGUAGAUAUACAAGAAACUAUUAAUCAAGCUGAUGAAGUCAGCUUACACAUUGACUCUGAACACAUUAUUACACAAGAUAUUUCAUGGUACGAAACUGGUAAAGCCGUCGUUGCACUAGAGCGUAUAGAACACACCAUAGCAGCUAUAAAUAAAGUUAAAUCUCUUGAAUGUGCAAAAGAACUAAAAGACGCCAUGACACCAGUUCUAGAAAAUGUAUGUCCAGUAUUAGAAGAGCUUAAGCGAAGUGUAGCAUCCAUAGCUUCAGGACGAGUUGAACAGGAUGAGAAUAUUUUUGAGAUGGCUGAUGUGCAGUCAGUAGCGCAGACUUUAGCCACGCCUCUAUGUGAAUUAAAUGAAAAUAUUGUGGUUAUAAAUCAAACUAUACUAGAACAUAUUGAGAGCUUGAAAGAAAACAGUGAAGUCUUUGUAACAGUAGCAGAACCACUACAUGAAUUGCAAACAACACUUGAGACAUUACAGCAAGUUGUUAUAUCACAAUACGGAGAGGAUGUGACGCCGUAUGAAGUUAGUGUGAAUAUGGCAAAUGCUGUACAAAAUCUUCACAGCUGUAUUGUAAUGAUCCGUGAACAAGGUGGCAUAGAAACCGCUGACGAAAUGUCGACUCUAGAAGACAUAUCAGGCAUAAAAACAACUGCUGAUACUUUACCUUCAGAUCGGUUAGUAUUACCUGCAGCUACCGAGAUAACCGCUGAGCAGGCAGUAAGUUCUUUACACCAAGACAUUGUACCAUCUGCUACAGCUCAAGCAUUACAGUCUUUAAAUGAUCAUAUCACAGUUUUACAGAAUCCUGAUGUUAUUGAUGCUUUAGACACAUUAUCUGAAGUUAGCGAUUACUCAAGCUUAAAAUCUGUUGCGCUAGGCUUAGGAGAGCUUCAUUCUGGCAUACAAGAGAUAUUGCAUCCCUUUAUUUUGGAGACUUCAGAUGAAAUGGCUCAUUUGAAUACGUCGAAGUUAAUGGCCAUUGCAGAACCUAUGCAAGACUUACAGCAAUGUUUGUCUGUACUAGAUGUUACUAAUAUACCAAUAUACGAACACAUUCUUGAAAUGGCGUCGGACAAAAUACAUUCCGUUUUUCAAAGUAUCGCAGAAUUCAAAGAAAAUCUCGACAAAUGUAUUCAUGCUGUAUUUCCUGCGAUGGAGACUGCCGAUAAAACGAUUGAAAUAUCAAACAAGGUAGAAAGUUUACGCACUGUGUGUGAACAUCUGAAGGAUAUAAUUGAAAACGCCAAGGCAAUAUCAACGGAAGCACCAGUUAAACAAGAGGUUAUUGCUCUUGAAGAGACAGUAAACAACUUACUAGAUGCGACAGACGUGUCUAAGGGAAUAAAGAUAGAACAAGUCAAAUCGGUUACUCAAGAACUAUAUGAAAAUGUUAUCAACGUACAAGAGGAACUUAUUCAGUUUACACCUCAGGCGCCAGAAAAAUUAGCCAGAGAAGCAAACCUGAUACAAGUUAUAGAUAAAGUUGAACGAAACAUAGCUGUUUUAGAAGAAUAUGAUUUUGUUGAUUUAUCACGAACUUCCGAUAUGUCGUGCACUUCGCCCCAGAUUGCUCUUGAGAUAGAAACAGAUGCACUGAUACAAAUGGAUGAUGUAGUGCAAUGUGCUGUCGGUAUUAUUCAGGAUUCAAGUAAUGAAACACCCGAAGCCGACUUGAUGAUGGUAGAAGACUUCUUCAAAAACUGUAAAAAUGAGUUUGUUCUGCUUCGGUGUUUGUUGACUAAAAAGCUGAGCCAUAAGAGGAUCAUACGGCUAUUACAAGAAUUUAAUGCUUUGAAACAAACUAUCAACGAUUUUAAAAUAAAACAAAAAGAACUACACCUAGCUGAAGAUAUUAGUAAUUCUCUUAAUACAUUUUUUGGCUAUUGCAAUGAAUGCCUGAGCAGCGUUCAAGACUCACUCAUUAAGAUAGUUGAUUCGCAAUCUGAUUUACUUUUCAAGGCGCCUAUUACUAAGCUUGAUGCUACAAAAGAGGUGCUCAGAGAAAUUCUUGAAAGCAGUAAAUUUACACCUUUAGAAGAUGUGGCCCAACGUUUUGUCAAUAUCAUAGAGAUUGCAAAGCCUUGUCUGCAGAGAGUCGAAACUGUCAUCCAUGAAGAAAUUAAAUAUAAUGCAAUAGUUGUUGAAGAUAAGGCUUUACUGGCGGCGAUGGACGAUGCAGAAACAUUUAUAGAAGAACAAAUACUAACCAAGUCUGAGCUCACAGUAGAAUCUAGAGAAAUAUUACAAAAAGUUUUAGACUGCAUUCAGAAACACCACGAUUAUAAGGAUGCCACAGGCACGGGUAAAGCGCUUAUACUCCUUAAGUGUCUCGCUGAGUGUUCUGAUAUUUUGCAACAAAGUAUGUCGGAAUCCAAACUAGAAAUAAAAGAACACAAAUUUGAAGAUUCUGCUUUAAAAAAUGUGCUAGCAGAAAUGUUGGCCCCUCUUCAAGCAUUGCAUCAUCAUCUGCUGAAUAUACAAGAGCAGGUAUCAACUGGUAUGGAAGAUGAAGUUAUGUCAGUUGAUCUCACCUCAACAGAAUCAUUUGCACAAGCUAUGGGUGAAAUACAACAAGAUAUAAAACAGUUAGAACAGCACGUUUCAGAGGGCACUGUAGUUGAUAGCGCGGAAAAGACAAUGAUACUGGAACUGGAUAAAGAAAUUCAUACAAUACAAGAUAGUAUAAAGUCCAUUGAAAAUGUUACAAGUGAAGACAAGGAAAAGGUUUCCAAGCCGAUGGCGGAAAUAGAAAAAUCUUUGAAAACAUUGCUAGAGACGGAGAGUAAGGCAGCGGCCAAGGAUGAGACUCCUGACUUGGUGCAAAGUGUCGACAAGUGUAUCGAACUCAUUGAAAUUGUUGAAGAAAUAUCAACCAUCAUGAAAAUUGAUAAUGUUACUGAAUCUGCAAAACUUGCUCAAGAAUUACGUGAAAGUGUAAUCAGUAGUCAAGUUGAACAACUGGAUGCCACAAAGGAGCUUGGUGAAGAAAAUAGAGAAAUAAGUAUGCAACAAGCUAGUGUAGCUACGAAAUUAAAAGAUGCACUCACAUCGAUUCAAGUGCAAGUUAUAGAGAGUACAAAAGAGUUAGAGCCUGAGCUUAAAAAUCAGGUUGUACUGCGAAUCGAGCAAGCUGCUGAACAGUUACAAGAUUUAAUCACACUGGCAGAAGUUAAGGCCGAGGAACCAAAACCAAUCGAAGUUCCUGCUGAUUCAAAUAAAACUGAUACGGAAAUAAGAGAAGGUAAACUUUCAGUCCAACAAAUUGAAACAAAAGUUACUGAAGAUGUAAAACUUGAAACGGCUAUGAUUUCUGAAGUGAAACAAUUAGAUGAAGCUGAAGAAGUUGACAAAACGAUUAUGGGACAAGUUAACAUUGAAAAAGCUCAAGUUGAAGAUACAAAGGAAGUAUUGGAAAAGACCCAAGUGGCAGAUGAAAUAGAGGUAUCUGAAAAAUUGGUCACUGCAGAAGAAAUUAAUUCAGCGCCAGUGAUUGAGGCUGAGAAAGCUAAAUUUGUUGAGGAAGAAAAGGAAGCAGCGGCCAUAAAUGAAAACAAAUCGGUGAUAUCUGCAGUUGACCUUGUGCAACGCAUCGAUGAAUAUCUCACUCAAGAUUUAGAAAAAACCGAUUUAGCCGGUGACAUUAAUGAAAAAACUAAAAUCGUUAAAAUAGCGAAUGAAUUGCGUGAAACUUUAAGUAUUGCUGAAACCAGUGAACAAGUGGAACUAAUGAAAGAACUACAUGAUUUAGUUAUAAAACAAACUGAACAUGUAUCGGGGUUAAUAACUGACGUCAGUGAGCAAUCAUCAAAUGCUACAAUCCGUUUAUGUAAUACUUUAGCUAAUGCAAUAAAUGUAUGUCAAAAAGAUAAUGAAAGACUAGAAGAAAUAACCAAGCUAACUAGGGAAAUAAGUAAAAAAAUUGAGACGGAAUCAGGAGAAAAUAUUCCUGAAAAAGUAUCUAAAGAUACGAUCCAAGAAGAAGAAGUAUGGAAGGAAUCAGACAUAGAGAAAAUUGACCAAAGUAUUAUUGAAGAAAGCCAACAAAUGGUCAGUGAUGAACAUAUAACUGACGUUACUGUAGCUAAUCUGGAAAACAAAAUCAAAGAAUCUAAGGAAGAGAUAAAACUAGAAGAAAAUGAAAUUGCUGAAUCUAAUGCAGCUGAAAUAAGUUUGAUGGAGCCACCCAUUGAAACACAUGACGUUGUAUCGCCAGAAUUUGCAUCAGAACAAUUGACUGCAACUGUUGAUUUGGAAAUAAAUAAACUUGAUCGCGCUGGUGCUAGUGAAAAAGUUAUCACUGUUGUAGAUGACAAGGAACACAUCCAGUCAGACGAAUCUGCUGAAAUAAGCACUUCCUUUAUUGAAAUAGAGGAAAUUACGCCUGAAAUAAUUGAGGAAAAAGGACAUGUUUUGGCAGAAUUACUGAAAGUAGAAACUUUGAUGGACAAUCAAAAAGAACAGAAAGAAAUAACUUCAGUCGAAGUCAAGCAAAUCGAAGACGGCAUGCAAGAACUCGGUACUAUUUCCACAGUUGAGCCUAUUCCAGAAAUGCAAGAAGCCAUUUCAGCUCCUGUCAAUGUGGAAAACGAGAAAGUGAUAGCUUCUAAAGCUACAGUAAUUUCAGAAGUUGCUCCUGAUGAAGUACACGAUAUGAACACUAGAGAAGAUAAAAAGCCCCAAACUAUUAAGCCUCUAGAAUUAACUGAAACGGGUCUUGAGAAACCUGAUAUGAUAGAAGCCUGCGAAGUUGAUACAAGCAUUUUGCCAGAACUCAAAGUUGCAGAAGCGACGGAAGAAACCAUACAAGAUCUGGAACUAGCUACUGUUGCAGAUAGUCAAGCGCUUGCAACGUCCAUAGAAACACUAGUAACACACUUAGAUGAAUUCAUAACCGAAAGUUGUAAGACUGUCGAUGUCUUCGUUAUGAAUAAAGAAUUGGAAGAAUCUUUAUCACUGGCAAGAUCAUUGGAACAUGAUCUCAAAGAUAACAAUAAUAAGGAAGUAGUUAAAGAAAUAGAUGAACAACAGAUCAAGUUAUCCAUUGAACUAAAAGAGGCGUUAACCCGAAUAGAAAUUGCUGCACUCGAGAAUAUUGGAGAUGUAGUAAAUAGAGAGGAAUUAAUUCAAAAAGUAGCAGAAGUUACUGACGUUUUAAGAUCUGAUUUGGACGGUAUCAUUAAAAUUUCACAAGUAGCUAAACAGGAUGCUAAGACAAAUGAAAAUAAUCAAGCGGUGCCUCAUACUGAAGAAGAAAGUCAAAUAUAUAAAAAAGAAUUUGUGUCUGAGAGUGCAUCUGCAAGAGAAACCGUUACAAGAACAGAUCAUUCAGUUGAUAAUGCAUUAGAACUGACAGUUGACACUGGUGAGCCCGUAGUAGACGUUUGUGAAAGCAAAACCAAACCUGAAGAAUUGCUUGAAAAGCCAAACGAUUCUCAAAGUGAAAUUAUUCCAGAAAAGUUGGCAGUUAUUCAUUCAGCUGAAUGGCAAAGGGAAAUGGCAAAAGAUUCCGAACUCAAGGAAGUAGUUAUAGCUAAUAUCGAAACGUUUAUGGAACACAUUAACGAGUAUGUGUCUGAAAAUAUGUCAGACAUAUUACGAACAUUAUCUAAUAUUGUACAAAGCGAGGCGAUGACACAAUCCAUAACAAUAGCUAAAGAAGUGCAGAAAAAUUUCCAAAAUUUUGAAAAUAUUCAAGAUUUUGAUAAGAAAACUGUAGAAAAUAUAGAACUUCUUGAAAAAUUCCAAAAUGCAUUAGUAGUUUUACAAGUUUACACGAAUGAUGCCACAGAAGAUCUCAAAUCGAAUCUUGGAGAGGGUUUAUCUGAUUUGGCUAAAUUAACAACACACCUCAGUGCUGAUUUAGAAUCACUAGUAUUUCAAGCCAAAUUAGUUUUAUCUAAAUCAAUAACAAACAAUGCUACCGAAACGCUUGUAGUAGACAAAUUUUCAGGAGAAACUACUUCAAAAGAUUCCACUGAAAAUCAAACUUCUAAAGACAUUCAUCAGUCUGGUAAGGUAGAUGAAAAAAACAUAUUGGAACAAUUUAAUUCUCAAGAUCAACCCAUAUCUGAUCAACCCGUACUGGAAGCGACCAACAUUUCUGAAAAUACGCCUACUGCAAGUGAAGCGGAAAGCAUAGAUGAAGUAGCAUCACUAGAACUAUUGACAACAUCAGUAAGUGAAGCAACCGAAAGACUGGCGGCCAUACUGACACAAUCAAUCAGAGACGAAGAAUUACAAAAACACCAAGAUCAAUACGAAACCCAGCCAAUUGAAAGUAUAGAACGUGUGAAAGACACAAAUCUUAGUCCGAUUACCUAUCAAGUCCAGGAAGAAAAUGUAAACCCCGCAAUAAAGAUGGAGGAUAUGAAAGAUGAAACAACUGAAAAUAAAAUGAAAAUGCCAAUUGAAACACUUUUGCAACACCUCAAUGAAUACACAACCGAAAUCACACACACACUACAAUCUAUACCACUUGAUACUGAAAUCGUCGAUGAAUCGUUACAUUCGGCAUACGAUUUGAUUAUGAUUAUUUCGGAUAUCGAUGCUGUUGAAGAAGAUCAUGGUAAAUAUUUUGAACUGACUGACAUGGAAUCUAGUCAAGAUAUACAAGUCCCUUCUGUAGCCCAACAACAUGUUGAUGAAGAUAGAGAAAAUAAAGUAACUGUUACAAAUGUCGAAGUAGUAAAACUCCAAAACGAGCUUUUAGAACAGACUAAAACUAUUGUUGCCAAAAAUACCGCAGAUAUACCAAAACUUGCUACAAAACUUCAAACGGCUUUGAGUGUCAUAGAAACAUACGUCCUAGAAAACAUCGAAGAAAAGCCUGAAUUGCAAAAGUUAACUGCUGUCGUAACAAACUUAAAGUUGGGUUUAGAAAAUUUUGAACUUUCAUCUAUUACAAAAGAUCAAAUACAUGAAAACGCUAAAACUUCGCAUACAGUAGAGUAUAAAGUGUCAGAAUUUUUGUCAGAAGUAACUACUGAACAAGAAAAAAGCAAAAUAAGUCAACUUGAAGAGACAGAUACUGACCUUUUCAUUGUUUUGGAUAAAAAAGAUAAACUUAUAUCUGAAACGAAUGUGCAAGAAUGCAUUUGUAUUACAGAUGAAGAAAACAUAGAAAAUAAAACAGUAGAAGAUAAAAAAUAUUGUGAAGAAGCAGUUACAAAAGUUACAGUUGAUUUAGAUUCUACCGCAGAUUUAUUCGAAGAUGCUAUUGUAAUAGAAAUUCCUACCCUAUUAGAAUCUAUUGUUGAUAAAAAAGAUGUUACUAUUGAAACACCUGUGGCAUUGGACACUACUUCGGAUUUAUUUGAAGAUGCUAUUUCUAUAGAAUCACCAAGAGUAUGUGAAACUUCAAUCAAAAAAGAUGAGGUCGUUAUUGAAACUCCAAUCAUUCUGGAAUCAGCUACAGAGGCAGAAUUUAUAGCUGCUAAAGAUAUGUUGUCAAAUUUGUUAGAAACUCCACAGCAAACGGAACAAGUGGUAACUGAGACAGCGAUAGUUUUAGAAUCUGUAACUAAAAAAGAAGACUUAGAUAUAUCUGCGGUACUUUUAGAGCCUUCCAUUGAAACAAAUGCUUGCAUGUUAAGUCCAACAAUCUUGGAAACUACAACCAAUAUUUUAGAAGAAAUUACAGCUUUAACACCCACAGUUACAGAAACUGUGAUUGACAAAAUUGAGAUUAAAUCUUCUACAGUAUUAGAAAAGCCUGAUGCUGUCUCAGUUGUUACAGAACAAGUUGCAGCGGAAUCUGCAAACAUCAUAGAAACAACUCCUGUUGUAAAAGAAGAGGAAAAAGUACUAGCAAUUGCAGAAACGCCUGAUAUUUUAGAAACUACUAAAGAUAUUUCCGAGAAAGAUCAUUUGAUGGAGUCAACUGUUAUAGAGAAUUCGUUUGAUAAAGAAGAAGUGUUGGUCGAAUUACCCGAUGUUAUACAACCUGCUGCUAAUUUGGAGCUACAAGCAGAAAUAGGCACAUGUGAAAUUUCCGAAAUGACCACGGAAUUGUCAGAAAGUUUGUCUGCCACAGAACUUACAAUUACAACAGAACAAGAGCAUUCAGUUAAACAUUCUGAAGCAUUAGUAAUAGAAACGCCAGAUAUUCUAGAAACAACUGCUGAUGUGCCUAAAAAGGAACGUUCACAAGAAACACCCACAAUAAUGGAAAAUAAUAUAGAAACAGAACCAAUUUCAGUGGAAUCAGUUACAAUCUUACAAUCCACGUAUGAAUUAGACAAAAUAGAAGCUAAUGAUUUCAUUGAAAAAAUAUUAAAAAAUGAAACAGAGAACUUUACGGAGCCAAUUCUAGGUAAGCAACUUAGUAUGGAGGAAUCACAUAAUAUUGCAGAAAAUUUAACCGAUAUGGAGCGGUCAGCUAUUGAUUCAACCUUUGAAGUUGCAGAAACAUUAAGUGAUUCAUUAGGCACGCUGCUUGCAGUAGAAGCACUAGCUGUAAAAGACGUUAAUUCUGAGCAAGUUACAGCAGAACCUACUGUAUCUUCUACGGAUACAGAUAAAGCGAUCGUAAUGGAAACAAUUGUUUUAGAAACAACGAAUGAAUUAGUGGGUAACGUCUCGUUGAUGGAGACACACAAUAUUAGGGAAAGUAGUAUAAUUACAGAACAUACUAUAUUCGAUAUACCUAAUGUAUUAGAAUCUGUAAGUGAUUUGGAAAAAAUAGAUGGUACUGAAACUACUGAUGCUGUUGAAGUAAGCACUGAUUUGAAUCAGGCUACUAUUGCAGAUACCCCUAAUAUGGUACAUUCAGAUGUAGAAAAACCUAUGGAAUUUAUUUUGGAGACAGAUAACAUGAUCGUAAUGGAAACAGCUGUUUUAGAAACAACAAAUGAAUUGGUGGAUGACAUGUCGUUGAUGAAGACGCACAAUAUCACGGCAAGCAGUUUAACUACAGAGCAAACAAUAGUAGAUACACCAACUGUAUUAGAAUCAGUAAGUGAUUUAGAAAAAUUGAAUGUGACUGAAACUACUAAUUCUGUUGAAGCAAGCUCUGAUUUAAAUCAGGCUUGUAUAACAGAAACCCCGACUAUGGUACAUUCAGAUGUACAAAAACCUAUGGAAUCUAUUUUGGAGACAGAUAACAUGAUCGUAAUGGAAACAGCUAUUUUAGAACCAACAAAUGAAUUAGUGGAUAGCAUGUCGUUGAUGGAGACACAUAAUAUCAUGGAAAGCAGUAUAAUUACAGAAAAAAUAAUGGUAGAUACACCUACUGUAUUAGAAUCUGUAAGUAAUUUAGAAAAAUUGGAUGUGCCUGAAACUACUGAUGUGGUUGAAUCAUGGUCUGAUUUGAGUCAGGCUACUAUUACAGAAACCUCGCCUAUGGUACAGUUAGAUGUAGCAGAAUCUACUAUGGAUACAGAUAAAGAGAUUGUAAUGGAAACAGCUGCUUUAGAAACAACAAAUGAAUUGGUGGAUAACAUGUCGUUGAUGGAGACGCACAAUAUCAUGGCAAGCAGUGUAAUUACAGAUCAAACAAUAGUAGAUACACCUACUGUAUUAGAAUCUGUAACUGAUUCAGAAAAUUUGGGUAUGACUGAAACUACUAAUGCUGUUGAAGCAAGCUCUGAUUUGAAUCAGGCUUGUAUAACAGAAACUUCGACUAUGGUACAGUCAGAUGUAGCAAAACCUUCUAUGGAAUCUACUCUGGAUACAGAUAAAGUGAUCGUAAUGGACACAGCUGUUUUAGAAACAACAAAUAACUUGGUGGAUAACGUGUCGUUGAUGGAGACGCACGAAACCACGGAAAGCAGUAUAAUUACAGCGCAAACAACAGUAGAUAUACCUACUGUAUUAGAAUCUGUAAGUGAUUUGGAAAAAAAUAAUGUGACUGAAACUACUGAAGCUGUUGAAGCAAGCACUGAUUUGAUGCAGGCUACUAUUACGGAAACUCCGACCAUGGUUCAUCCAGUUGCUGAAAAUAAUAUGAAUGAUGACGAAUUAUCCAAUGUCAAACAAACUGUUACGGGUUCAAUUCUAGAAGCUGUCGAGAAAGCAUUUGAAAUUACGGAAAUAGCAACAGAUCUCCAAGAAAAAGUUUCAGUAUUCGAAAUACCUACUUUGACGGAUAUACCUACUGGUACGGAAGAAGUAUUAGCAACCUCAGCUCCCAUUUUACAAUCUCCUAUAGUAACCGAUGAAACUGUUAUGGAGGUUCCCGAUGUCUUGGCACGAACCUCUGAUUUAUUAGAAAAUAUAGUUUUGGUUGAAACCCAAAAUGUUACUGAUGUAAAUAAAAAUAAGGGGCAGAUUAUAGUAGAAUCACCCACUAUUUUACAAUCAGUAACAGAUAUGGACAAAAUAGCUACAUUAGAAAAACCUACUGUGGUGGAAACAUCACUUGAUCUGAUAGAAAAAGUCUCUAUCAGUGAAACUCCUACUGUAUCAGAUCCUGUCUUAGACAAUGAAUUGACAAAUGAAAAUAUAUCUGAUAUCAAACAAUCUGUUACUGAUUUGAUACAAGAAGCUGUAGAGCAAACAUGUCAUAUUACAGAAACACCAUCAGAUGUACUACAAAAAGUUUCUGAAGUGACACCGGCUGUAAUACACCCCACAUCUGUUUUGAAAUCUUCUAUGGAGUUGGAGCAUUUUGUUGCACCAGAAACUACAGAUGUCCUAGAAACAGAAAAUGUGACUCAAGUCGAACCACAGACUCUUGCAGCUAGCAACAUAAAUGAAGAGCAAAUUGUAGUCGAAUCACCGAUUGUGUUACAAUCCACAACUGAUAUAAAAGAAAAAGAUGAUAUAGAAGCAACUAACGCCACAAUUACGUCAACAGAUAUGUUUGAAAACGUGUCUAUCAUGGAGCCACUAUCUAUCUUAGAACCUAUUGAUGAACAAUCAGUGGUAGAUACAGCUAUCCAGGAAUCGGCACUAGUCACAGAAGACAGUCUUGACAAACAACAAGCUGACAGCGAGACUCCAAUUAUUGUUAAUGAUACUUCGAAUAUAGAUACUAGUAGCGCAGUUGCUGCGAAACUUACUGAAGAACCAUUAGAAUCAGUAAAGAAUUCACAACAAAUAACAGAGACUUUGAAAACCGCUGAUUUUCAACAGGAAUUAACCGUACCGGUUGAAAUCAGUGAAGCCCGGUCAGAAGAGGAUAUCCAAAAACCAAUUGAAACGGCCACUCUUGUUCAACACAUAGACGAGCUAACUUCAGCUUCAAUUGCUGAAACCGUCGAGGUUUUAUCAAAAGUCAUUGAUGUCAGUGAACUUAAAGAGUCAAUAGCGGUUGCGAAUGAAUUAAAGGACAGUUUCAUUGAAGUUGAGAAAGUUAAAACGGAAGAAGUUUCGAAAGAACAGGCUAAAUUGGUUGAAAAACUUCAAGGAGCUUUAGAAGCUUUUCAAGCCAUUGUUGUAGAAAAUACUGAGAAUAUUGCUCAAAAUUUGGAUGUAAACGAAUGGGCCAAAGUAAGCGAAGUUGUAACACAUUUACAAGAUGAUUUGGCUAGAGCAACUAUUACAGAACCAACGACUGAAAUGGCAGGAGAAUCAAUGCACCACCUCGAAACCUUACUCCAAGAGGUCACCGACAAGAUCGGAACCACGGAGCGAUCUUCAGACGACACAGAAUCAUUACGUGACAAUCUCGACGAGAUCCAAACCGUGAUCAUUAAGCUGAAGAGAGAUUAUGAUGGUGCAUCGAAUGACACGCUCAAUGAAACUCUAGAGGACUUAGAGUGCAGUGUGAGGAGUGUCCAACUGCAGAUCACUGAGGACAGUCCACCAGAGCUGCUGCAAGAAGCUUGUGCAACAUUACAAUUGUUGGUUAAUAACAUGAGUGCUACAGAGGAUAUCACAGGUACUGUAGUAAAGGAAGUAAAAACAGAUAGUUUACUAGAAAAAUGCUCCGAUGAAACUGAGGCAACGGUAAAGUUACUAAACAUCGCAAUUGAAAAUAAAGGAGAUUUGUCAAAAAUAGUAGAAAAUCUUAAUGUUCUUAGGGAUGUCAUGCAACUUCUCAGAAAUAAUUUCUUAAAAGACGCAGACACUUUAAUUGACAAAGGCGUUGAAGUCAUACAAAGUUUAGAUCAAGUAGAAGAUAAAGUGUUUGCUUUAGAAAAGGAUAUUGUUGAUAUACCAGAAGCGAUAAAAGAAAGUAUAUUUAAUGCUGUACAUUCUGUAUAUGGCAGUAUCUCUAACAUGAGGAGUACUGUUCAAAGUAUACAGAAGAGAUACAUGUAUGACAACUACGGCAAACCAUCUGAAAGUAUGUUGAAAGCAAUAAAAAAUUUACAAAAUAAGAAAUAUAAAAACUUUUCGAAAUCCCUUCGAAAAGUUUUGAAUCAUUUUGAAGAUAUAAAGUUUUAUAUUAACUUGGAUAAAACUGCAAGAUUACCGAGUGACGCUGCAUUUACUAAAAUAAUUCUUAAUGAAUUAAAAUUAACUAUAAAUGAAACUAUUAAACCACAUUCCAUAUCCUGUCCAGAAGUUGCUAGAACUUACUUAGCAGCUAUUAAAGGCAUAGAAUCCAAUCUUAAUAAGAUAGAGUCCUUGACCACUUUAGAAGUAAAACAAAAAAUACCAAUUUUCAAAGAAAUAGCAACACUUAUUCUAAAAAUGUCUGAUGCAAUCGCUACAUCAUCUGAGAAAGAAGAUAUUGUUUUAGAAGACAGCUCAAAAGGUAAGCCUGAUAUUGAAACUCACGAAAAAGUUGAAGCCACAAAAUCAAAUGACCUGGAAGAUAAUAAAUUGGUUGAAACUGUACAGUUAUUAGAAAGUACUACAGAAGAAUUAAAGGUUGCAGAACAGCAAAUAGAUCAUUCGGCAAUUAGCAAUGAAGCCGAAAUUCUAGUAAGUGCAACAACUGACUCCUCUAGUGAAUUGAAUAUUACUGCGGAAAUAGUCGCUGAAGCAAAGACAGAUACCACAACAAGAGAUAAAAUUAUCAAUGAAAGUAUCAAUGAAAGCCUUAAAGAGGUUUCAAAAGACAGUGUACAGGAAGAUACUGCAACUCUGGCGAGUAAAGGUGAAGAAUCUCCGAAAGCUGAUCUUUCUGUAAAACAAGAGUUUCCAACAAUUGAGCCUCAGCCAAGUACAUCAAAACAGGAAGACAUGGAAUCAGUGUUAUCAAUCGCCAAAGAAGAACCAAGUGAAAAACAAGAACUGGCUACUAGUUUUGAACCAAGUGAAAGUAAAACUCAACAAGACAGUAUUAAGGCCGAGGCAAGCAUAACGAAAAACCAUAUAGAAGAGAUUCCUAAACCGGAAGAUAAGGACAUCAAAGAAGAACAAAAGGCAGAUGUUUUAGAAAUGAAAGAACAAGAACCAAAAACAGAAACAGAAAAACCAGCAGUAUCUAAGAAAAUCAAAAGCUUAAAACCAAAGAAAGAUGAAGAAACGCAAACAGAUGAUGAAGAAGAGGUUAUUAAAGAUUUAACCAAGAAAGCCCAAGAGACAAAUAUACAAAAGACGAAAACAGAUCAAGAUAUCGAUAAAACUUUGUUUGAAAAAGCACCUGAUGCCGAGCUUCAGGUCAGCACUUUAGAACAAUCAAAAGAAAUAGAAGUCUCUAACUCUCUCUCAGAAGUCAUAAACAACGAACAAGAGGAUGGUAAAGAUUUUCUCCAAGAGCAAAAAGCAAUCACAGAAAAGGAGGAAAUUGUAGUAAAGCAAAAGACCGAACAAGAAGAAAAAGACAAUAAGGUAGAAUUAACACAAAAAGAACAAUUAAAGUAUAAAGAUGAAUUUUUAGCUCAGGAAGAACGAGAAACACAACAUGAUAAGGGAGAUUCUGAGAAGAAAGUUGACACUUUAGCUCAAAAAGGUGUAUUAGAUAAUGAUCUUAAGGAAACACCAGAAAAGAAAGUUGUUAAUGAAGAAAAAGAACAAAUGGAGUCUGAUUUUAAGGAAGACCAACAAAACAAAGAACUUGUUCUUAAACCAGAGCAGUUACAAGACAGGUCUUAUCUAGCAGAGGUAGUUAAAGAAACUACUUCCAAAGAAGAAACAAUAGAAGACUUAAAAGUAGAAGAUAGGAAAGCCAUGCACGAUGAUAUUAGUAAAACUGACACUAAGAUAGAAAAGGAAAAUAGGAAAGGUAUGGAUGAAUUAGACACGGGCAAUGAUGCCAUACAUAAAGAAACAAAGGAUAGGCAAACUGAGGAACAAAAAGUUGAUAAGGCUGACAUUGACAAAACCCAAGAUGAGAAAGAAGUAAAAUUAAAACAAAUAGAAGAAGCAAAAGAGGCUCUGCUUAAGAAACAAGAAGAAGAAAAAGAAGCUAAACUUAAGGCAAAACUAGAGAAGAAAGAAGCCAAGCUUAAAAAAAUACAAGAAGACAAAGAGGCUAAGCUUAAAAAAGAACAGGAAGAAAAAGACGCUAAAAUUAAACAAGAACAAGAAGAGAAUGAAGCGCGUCUUAAAAGAGAGCAAGAUGAUAAAGAAGCAACACUUAGGGCUGAAGAAGAAGAACAAACGCAGGCCUCAUUUAAGAAAGAACAAGAGAAAAUUGAUGCUAAAGUUAAACAAGAAGAAAAAGAUAGUCAGCCUACAGAAAAGCAUGAAGAAAGCAAAGCUAGCAUUAAGAAAGAGCAAGAAAAUAAAGAGACUAAACUCAAACAGGAACAAGAGAGAGAUGAAAAGACUGAACUACGCGAAGAUAAACUUAAGGAAAAACAAAAAGAACUUGAUGUUGCUCCAAAACAGAUACAGCAUGAUCAUGACCUUCCGAAGUCCGAAGAAGUAAAAGGAUCAGAAGAGACUACGCUCAAGAAUGAAUACGAAGCAAAUAUUAAAAUUGAACAAAAAAAGAAUGAAACUACUGUUCAAAGAGAAAUGGAUGAGCAAACAAAAAAACUACAAAUCGAAGAGGAGAUGAAAGAGGAUAAACUCGCAAAAGAACUGGCUGAGAAAGAUUCUAAGGUCAAAGCAGAAGAUAAAACAGAAGAAGUUGCUGCUAAACAAAUUAUGAAGGAGCAAGAAACCGAGCUUAAACUAAAAGAAGAAGAAAAAGAGGCUAAGCUCACAAAAGACAAGGAAGAAAAAGCAAAGGUUGUACAAGAAAUGAAUGAAGCUGCUGUCAGGAAAGAAAAGGAGGAGCAAGAAGCUAAACUUAAAGUAGUUGUUGAAAAUAAAGAGACUCAGCUCAAAAAAGAACAUAACAAACAAGAUGCAAAGGUUAAAACGGAAGAAGACGAUAAACUGAAAAAAGAAUUAGAAGAACAUGAUGCUACACUUAAAGAAGAUCAAGAAAAGGAAGAAUCUGCUCUAAAGAACGAAGUUAUGAAGAAGGAAAAUCAGUCCGUUGUUGAACAAGUAAAAGAAGCAAAAGAAUCACUUAAUAAAGAUACACAGGAGAAAAUGCCCGGCCUCAAAGAAGACCAAACGACAAGAGAUGAAGAGCAAAAGCAGGUACUAGAGGAGGAAAAAGAGUCUAUUCUCGAAAAGCGGGAUGAUUCGGAGCGUAAAAUAGCUCAGGAUGAAACAGAAGCCAAGAUUGAAGAUCAAGUACAUAAAGAUACAUUGCUUCAAGAAAAACAAGAAGACAUAGAUAAUAAGUCACAACAAAAAGAGACAAGAAAGGGAGAAGCUGAACUUUCAACACAGGAAAAAGAGAACGAUAUUACGCCUAAAACGGAACAGGAGAAAAAAGAUGCAAAACUGAAGCAAGAAGAAAAGGAGGCACAUCUUAUGAAACUUCAGGAAGAAAAGAACGCCAUUCUUAGAGCUGAAGAAGAAGAAAAACAAAACAGGCUUAGGAAAGAUCAAGAAGAAAACGAUUUCAAACUGAAGAAAGAACAGGAAGAGAAAGAGGCUCAGAUCAAGAAAGAACAAGAGGAAAGAGAUGCACAACACAAGAAAGAACAAGAAGAACAAGAAAUAAAACUGAAACAAAUACAAGAAGCCAAAGAAGCUCUGCUUAAGAAACAAGAAGAAGAAAAAGAAGCAAAACUUAAGGCAAAACAAGAGAAGAAAGAAGCUAAACUUAAAAAAAUACAAGAAGACAAAGAAGCUAAGCUAAAAAAGGAACAAGAAGAAAAAGAUGCUAAACUUAAACAAGAACAGGCAGAAAAAGAGGCUCAGCUUAAGGAAAAACAGGAAAUGGAAGCUAAACUGAAGGCUGAACAAGAAGAAGAAGAGGCAGUCAUUAAAGAACAGGAACAAAAAGAAGAAAAUAUCAAGAAGGAACAGAAGGAAAAGGACGCUAAAUUUAAAUUGGAGGAACAAAAGAAAGAAGCUACCCUUAAAAAAGAACAAGAGGAGAAAAAUGCUAAGCUUAAAACAGAAAAAGAAGAAAAGGAUGCUGAGCUCAAGAAAGAGCAGGCGGACACAGAUGCUAAACUUAAAGUGGAGGAAGAAAAGAAAGCAGCUGCGCUUAAGACAGAACAAGAGGAGAAGGAAACUAAGCUUAAAGCAGAAAAAGAAGAAAAGGAGGCUAAGCUCAAAAAGGAACAGGUGGACAAGGAACUUAAAGUAGAGGAAGAAAAGAAAGCAGCUGCGCUUCAGACAGAACAAGAGGAGAAGGAAGCUAAGCUUAAAGCAGAAAAAGAAGAAAAGGAGGCUAAGCUCAAAAAGGAACAGGUGGACAAGGAACUUAAAGUGGAGGAAGAAAAGAAAGCAGCUGCGCUUAAGAAAGAACAAGAGGAGAAGGAAGCUAAGCUUAAAGCAGAAAAAGAAGAAAAGGAGGCUAAGGUCAAACAGCAACAGGCGGACAAGGAUGCUAAACUUAAGGUGGAUGAAGAAAAGAAAGCAGCUUCUCAAAAGAAAGAACAAGAGGAGAAGGAAGCCGAACAAAUACAGAAAGAGGCUCAACUCAAAAAGGAAAAGGAAGCAACUGAUGCGAAACUUAAAUUAGAACAAGAAUUGAAAGAAGCGAAACUUAAGAAAGAACUAGAGGAAGAGGAUGCGAAGUUGAAAGCAAAACAAGAACGGAAGAAAGCUAAGCUUGAAAAAAUACAAAAAGAUAAAGAAGCAAAGCUUAAGAAGGAACAAGAAGAAAAGAAUGCUAAACUUAAGCAAGAACAAGACGAGAGGAAGGAUCAGCUUAAGACGAAAGACGAAGACGAAAAGGAAGGUCUACUUAAGUCUGAACAAGAAGAAAAAACAGCAACGGUUAAGAAAGACAGUGAAGAACAAGAAGACAGACUAAAAAAAGAACAAAAGGAGGAAACUGAGGUAAAAAAAGAAAAGAAAAGUUCGGAGGAAAUAGAAGCCAAAAGGUCAGUCAAAAAAUCUGAAGCAGAAAAACUGGUAAGUAAACACGCGGAAAAGGAACGUGAAGAAACGGAAAAAGAGCACAUGAUUAAAAUGGGUACUAAAACGGCCCAAGAAGAGAUCGAUGAGAGAUCUAAACUCGAAAAAGAUAAAAACAUAAGAAAACCGAGUGCUUCCAAAAAUGACGAAAAACCGAUGCUCUCGGACACAUAUAAGGCAAAGGAUGAAAAGUUGAAUAAAGGUGAACGUGAAAUUGAUAUUCAAAGGAAAAGACAGACAUCAAUCGACAAGGAUAAGGAAGAGAUUAGAACCAGAGAUACUCGUCGUGAAAAUGGAGAUUUGUAUAGAGAAUCACAGAGAGAUGAUAUUAGCUCGUACAGAGAGAGGAAAGUAGAGAGUAGGGUUAAAUCAGACUCGCAUCAACAAAGGCACGAUGAAAAGCGUACUUUUGUAGACUACAGCGCCAAAGAUACCUCAGAAAGUCACUUACAAUAUCACAGAGAUGAUGAGAAACGUAGAUUCGUCGAUCAUAGUUCUAGAGACUACACCUCCGAGUUUGCAAGACCAUCUAACUAUAGAGAAAAAACUUAUGAACCUGACAAUUUCCAUGUCGAUACAGUUGGUAAAGGGAUGACUAUAUACAAAGCGCAAACUUUAGUGUUAGAUGCGGAACUACGUUCAGGACCGCUUCCAGACUUACGUUCAUCUGUACCCCGUCUUGAUUCUCGAAGAAGCGAACCAACAGAGAGAAGAACAGAUUUGAAACACAAAACGAAAGCGGUUAGUGAGGCAAGAAGCGUUUUAUCUGAAAAACGCUCAAGCAUGCCUCGAGAUGUGAGAAGAAAGCCCGUGUUUUCGACUUAUUUGACUGACAGAACUGCCGUGGAAGGCUCUAGAGUCAAAUUAACAUGUAGUGUACUUUCGUCCGCCGAACCUACUAUCACUUGGUACAAAAAUGGGGUGUUGAUCGAUAAUAAAUUAAAAUAUAGAACCAAGUUUGUAGAUGGCCUUGUUACUCUGGAAGUUUUGAACGCAGUUCCAGCAGAUUCGGCAGAAUAUAACUGUACGGUGGAGAACGAAAAUGGAUCCGUCAGUAGUACAGCUACUUUGAAAGUGUACCCCAGUUUUGAGGCGUCGCCGAUACCGCCGACUUUCACAAGAUCAAUCAGAGACACUUACCACCUCGCCGAAAACGAGCUGGUCCUCGAAUGCCGCAUCCGCGGGCAGCCGCUUCCCACCAUAACCUGGCUGAAAGACGACCGACCAAUCACCGACGACCGGUACCAGGCCUACUACCUCGCCGAUGGAGUCUGCCGGAUAGCUAUAAGUCGUCCGGUACCAGAGGACAGCGGGAAGUAUACCUGUAAGGCGGAGAAUUCGGUCUGGUGCGAUCAGAUCACGCAUGCCGUCAGUUUUACUGGUAAAGAAACUCGUCUGAGCCCCAACAUCCAGACAAUCGAGCGUUCCCGCUUCACCCGGCAAGCCAUGGAGUCCCGCCGUCCCCAUUUCACCAACGUCCUCACCGACUACAAGGUCGCUCGUGGGGGCACUAUAGGUCUCCAAGUCGAAAUCCGAGGAUGCCCCACAAGAGUCGAAUGGCUCAGAGAAGGGAAAUCUGUGACAGAUGUGUAUAGAAAUGCUAAGACUUAUGUGGAGCAAGGAUUAUAUACGCUAGCUUUAUCUGAUGUCACUGACAAGGAGUCGGGUCUAUACACGUGCAGAGCAUGGAGUAUGCAUGGGAAUGUGGAUAUGAAUGCCGCGAUAACGGUGGUCCAUCCUGAGUUAGACGGGAAACCGGCUAUAAUUGUUGGAAGACCUGAGAAAGAUGUGUUGAUAUCGGUGGGGGAGGACUUGAAUAUUUCUUUCAGGGUGCAAGGGGAACCGAAGCCUAAAGUUGUCUUCAUGAAAGGCACCCGUGACAUCACCAACAGCCAACGGGUCUGCAAAAUGACAUCCGACGACUAUGUUAAGUUUACCGUCAAGAGAUCUGUGGUAUCUGACGCUGGCACGUACUGCAUCCUGGCGAGGAACGCGUAUGGGUGUGAUCGCGCGUUCGUCACAGUUGUGGUGCGACAGAGAGCGUCGUCAGAGAACUUGAUUUCGGACUGGACGUAUCCGUUGGAUGACUCCGCCAUUUCUUACGGCAGUCGGAAUUAUGACACUGUGCCGCGUAUACCGAGCGAGCCCAGUGUCGUAGACGGUGGUAACAACUGGGUCUCGCUAGCCUGGCCGAAACCGGACACGACCACCCCUGUCCUUGCUUAUAAAGUUGAGAGCUGGUUGCUUGGCAAAGAAGGAGGCGCGCGUUGGACCGAACUGGGAAUAACCCCGAGAAAUUGCUUUGAUGUAUUUAAUUUAAAGCAAGGAGAACAGUACCACUUUAGAGUGACUUUAAGAAACCGCUACGGCUGGGGUGAAUCCGUCCAAACCUCGACACCUAUAGGAAUUGGCUUGGCUGGCGACCGUCCAGAGUUCGUAGACAUAUUACCAGGACAAUUGAAAGUCCUCAUUGGAACGACGGCAGACCUGAGCUGCAGCGUUAAAGGCAAGCCUGUACCUGAGGUUGUUUGGAUGAGGAAUGGUCAGGAGAUUGAAGACGAGCGAAUGAAGGCUUCCUUCAACGGUUACGACUGUCGCCUGGUGAUCAGUGAUAUCAGGGAGGAGGAUGAGGCCAGGUAUAGCUGUGAGGCCAGCAACGAGCACGGGCGGUCGUCGACGUACGCUCGGCUGUCGGUCGUCACGGAUAAACUUUUGUGGGAAGCUGAUGCGAAACUGAAAAGAGAACGCUCCUCCGACGUAUCCGGCGACUAUCCUCCUCAGUUCACGAUGCGGCUCCGUGACCGGCGCGUGCAGGCCACGUAUCCGGUCCGUCUCACGUGUCAGAUUGUCGGGUGUCCGACGCCGAGCGUUACCUGGUAUAAGGACGGCGAGGAGGUGUAUAAAGACAAUCGCCAUACACACUUCAAAGAUGAGCUAUUCCAUACACUAGAAAUCGCGCCGUGUACACUAGAGGACGGCGGCGUGUACUCGUGCACGGCACGGAACUCAAGUGGCGCGGUGUCGUGUCGGUGCAGUCUCGUGGUCGAUAAGGGAAUCCGCGCGUACGUGGCGCCCGAGCUGUGCUGCGGGUUGGAACCGCUUUAUAGGCUCCGGGAAGGUGAUGAACUCCGAAUAACAGCCGUAGUAGAAGCGUACCCAUCAGUCGGCGUGACCUGGUACCGCGACGGCAUCCGUCUCCGUCCCUCCCGCCGGGCGGUCAUGACGCUAGACAGAGAUGGACAGAUAGAGCUGGCUCUGGCGUCGGUAACGGCGCGGGACGCGGGUGUUUAUACAUGCACAGCGGCCAAUGAGGUUGGGAGUGCAUCCACAUCGGGGAAGGUGGAGGUGAUAGAGGGACCAGUGGUUGAGAAGAGGGCACCGCCGACACUAAUUGGUCCUGACGUUCCGUAUUCCAAAGAACCCAUGUUCAUCCGAAAGCCGCGGUCCAGCGAGGCCUACGAGGGCGACACCGUCAUCAUAGAGUGCGAGGUCACGGGUGACCCCAAACCUGACGUCUACUGGUUACGAGACUUCCUCAAGCCCGAUUACUACCGCGACGCCAGCCACUUCAAACGAGUAGGCGCCGGCCCAGAGUACAGAUUCGAGAUUCCUCACGCCAAACUCGACUACACUGGGGCCUACUCUGUCGUCGCUAGGAACGUCCAUGGAGAAGCUAAGGCUAUUAUUUCUCUGCAAAUCUUGGCUAAAGAUCUCACGUCAGGGGAUGAUUCUCACAAUAUCAGAUAUGGGCGUGUAGAUGUUAUACCCCGCUUUGAGCGGAACCUUACCGAUCUGUUGAGCUAUGAUGGUGACGCCGUUGAGUUCGAGUGCCGAGUCAGCGGGCAUCCAGAGCCUGACAUCCGAUGGUACCACUACGCUGAGUUGAUCCGCGACUGCCCAUACCUGGAGUGCACGUUCGAAUCCGGCGCCGCGCGGCUGAAGAUCAAGCAAGUUACUGCCGAUGACGAAGGAACGUACACUUGCGAGGCCUAUAAUAACCUUGGCAAAGCCUCUACCAGUGCUUGCCUAGUCGUGUACCCGCCCGGCGAGCCGAACACGCUAUCGGCGCGCCUGCGCCGGCCGCUCUCCGCCGCCUCCACCCCGCGCUCCACCCCCGCGCGCUCGAUAUCCAGGACCACUACCCCCGCACCCGACAUGAAGCGCCUAUCCAGCCCGACGCGCCAAACGGCGCCCAGUUUCUACACAUAUCCCUUCAACAAGGUCGUCGAAGAGGGCGAAACGGUCGUCUUCCAAUGCGCCGUCAAAGGCCUCCCAUCCCCUUGGGCCACGUGGGACAAGGACGGCGUUAUAGUUACCCCCUCCUCCCGCAUCACAAUCAAAGAAAAGGACGAGAUAAGGAAGCUGGAAAUCGAACAUGUGACCGUUGAAGAUGUAGGCUUAUACAGAAUCAGUAUUGAGAAUGACUACGGGAGAGCAGAAGGCGCAGCGAGACUAGAAGUUAUAACGCAGAAGGGGAAGUUCCACGCAGGCGUCAGAGCGUACAGCGCGUCGCCUCGACGCUCGGCGCCUUACAGGAAGAGAAGCACAUCUACAUCGAAAGACUGAGCUCGGAAUUGAAACGGAGCUGCGAGUGAUUUUUUUUCAAUUAUUUAUCUGUGCAUUUUACUUCUAAUUAUUUUCCGUACGGCCAGUCAGAAGACCUCGAGGUUCAAGCAUGUUUGUUGACAGUGAACUCUGUUUACUGGCAAACAAGGUUGUUUUUUAUUUGUUAUAGGUUUGUAUUUAAUUUAUGUACGUUAUACUAUUAUUUUUCCUCUCGCGUAUGAGAGCAGGCCUGUACCAAGCGCGUGUUUAGGCUGAAUUAUUUAUAAUUAUACUAUUAUUUAUUAAUUUUGCUUGAGUUUUGAUGAAUCUUGGUCUGGCCGCAUACGAAGUAGAAAAAUGUUAAGUUUUUGUUUUAAUUGUUAGGUUGUGUCUUUCGCUUCACACAUUUUCGUCAAUUGCCUAUCGUAUAACUUCAGUUAACCUAUAAAUAUUAUGUUAUAUUAAGUUGUAUUUAAUCAUCGUCCGGAUGCUUUUAAAGGUAUUCCUGAUCUUUAUGUCUUUGAAAUAAAAUCACUACUUAUUGAAACAGCUAUUUUAAUAAGGAGUAUAGUUAUGGGCAACUGCUUGUUGUGAUUUCAUUACCUCAAUAUGUAUAUUCUAUUACUCAUCUAUCGGUCAUAGUUUUAUUCGUCUAAGUAUUUAAUCAGUUCUAGUCAAAAAUUAGACAUUCAGAUGAGAUUAUUAAAAUUUUACGGACGGGAAGAAAAAAGGCUAAACCGAAGUACCGUUUUGAUUGGACUACACGUACGGCUUAGAUGUAUUGUGUGAAGUGAUGUUCGUGACUAUAGCUAUUACUCUUAUUAGAGAAGAGACAUGUUUUGCCAAUCCAAAGGUCGAUGGGUACGUAAACACCAAAGUCUACGUAUAUAUUUACAUAAAAAAUACGUAAUUUGUGGUACCAAUUAGAUAUAAUAUGUAACACAUCGACAACAGUAUUAAAAAUUGGCAUUGGAUUGGCAGACAUAAAGGCUUUGGGACAAUUACUAAAUAUUAUGACGUUCUUUAUUUACAACUUACAACCUAUAAUGUGCGCUUUGUAAGUACUUAGGGAAGUGUGAUAAAUAAUGUAAUAUUACAUUUUUUUGGGAUUGUCCCAAUGCCGUUGGUUAUAAAGUGUUGCCUAAGAUAUAUAGAACCAGAUCCCGGGGUAUUGUCAAUAAAUUUAUUACGAGUUU